AUGUUGUCCUUCCCAAGCGACUUCGAGGCACCUGGUGCUCGUACCGUUGCCAUUGCAAGCCUUUCUCUGGGGGCCGCUGUACUUCUCUCCUUCAUCGUGAACGCCAUCUACAACCUGUUCUUCCAUCCACUCCGUUCGUACGCGGGUCCCUUGUUAUGGCGCAUGAGCAGCUUGCCGUGGUGUUACCAUCAGAUCAAAGGCGACCGCACGCAUAUCCAAGCCCGGUUGCAUUGGAAGUACGGCGACGUACUCCGCAUUCGGCCCAACGAGUUGAGCUACACGAGUUAUCAAGCCUGGGAUGACAUCUUCGUGCACCACCCCAACCGCCCUGAGUUUCCCAAAGAUCCUCGCCGGCAACGCCGUAAUCCAAACAAGCUAGAGGUUUUUCUCCUCCUCCUCCUGCACUCUCUAGGUUUGCUUUCACUGACGUUUUCUUCCUUGCCCAUCCACCAGCACAUCCUUAGUGCCCCCAAAGCCGAUCACUCGCGCUAUCGCCGCUUGUUGGCCGGCGCCUUCUCCGAACGGGGUCUUCGAGACCAAGAAGGGCUGAUUAACCAGCACGUCAACCUGCUCAUCACGCGGCUCAACCCGGUCGCCGCUGCACAUGAGACCGCCGACUUCACACAGUGGUACAAUAUGGUCGUCUUCGAUGUGAUCGGGGAUCUCGCGUGGGGGGAGUCCUUCGACUCGCUCCGCAGCGGGAAGCUGCACGAAUGGAUCCCCGCGAUCGCCGCGACCGUGAAAUUCGCCAUGCAGUCCAGUCCGUUGUUGGAGUACGGCCUGGGAUUCCUGAUCCCGCUCCUCAUCUCGCGCACCGUCCGCGAGCAACGCGCCGCCAACUACCGCUUCUCCGAGGCCAAGGUCGCCCAGCGACUGGCGCUGGGCGGCCACACGCGCGGCGACUUCUGGGACCGCGUCAUGAUCAAGAGCGCCGACGGCAACCAGGCAGGGGAGGGCAUGACGCGCGGCGAGAUGCUCAACAACGCCAGCAUCCUCGUGCUGGCCGGCUCCGAGACCAGCGCUACGACCCUCUGUGGCAUGACCUACUUCCUGCUCCAGAAUCCUCACACCUAUCAACGGCUGGUGAUGGAGAUUCGUGCCGCCUUUGCCACGCCCGAGGAGAUUACAAUGGUGUCCAUUGGACAGCUACCGUUUCUGAAUGCCGUGUUUCAGGAGACUCUGCGUCUAUAUCCCCCGGUGCCGACGCAUAGUCAGCGAGUGCCGCCCAAAGGGGGUGCCCAGGUGUGCGGGCGAUGGAUCCCGGAAAAUACCAGCGUCGGCAUCUCCAUGAUGGGCGCCUGCCUUGAUCCGAAAAAUUUCCAUCGAGCCCUGGACUUCUGUCCCGAGCGCUGGCUCGACGAUGCCCCUGCCGAGUUCCGACGCGACAACAAGACCGUCUACCAGCCGUGGAGUAUGGGGACGCGCAAUUGUCUGGGACGCAACCUGGCGCUCGCGGAGAUUAGACUAAUCAUGGCCAACGUGCUGUGGCAUUUCGAUCUGGAAUUGGACCGGAGGUGCAUGGGAGACGGCAAUUGGCUUGAUCAGAAGAUUUGGGGAAUAUGGUUCAAGAAGCCUCUGUGGGUGUCGUUGAGUCCGGCCCAAGCGAAGAAGUAA